CAGGUCUGCUAAUCGGUAUUCCUUUUUACAUCUAUCAAGCUACUGUAUGGGAAGACAUGAUGGGAAAUAAGUGGGCUCUAUACGUGGGACUCGGUUCCCUGGCGUUUACCGACCUUGUAAUCGCGCUAUCCAUGUGCCAUCUCCUCGCAUCAUCUCGCACAGGAUUUACGAGAACGGACAUGAAGAUUAAGAUGUUGAUAAUAUACACCGUUAGCACUGGGUGCAUGACGAGUUGCUGUUCUAUCACGACCGUGAUAACUGGUGCAAUGAUGCCUCAGAACUUCAUAUUCAUAGCAUUCGAGAUUAUGCUUGUCAAAAUGUAUUCCAACUCGUUCAUGGCCAUGAUAAAUGCUCGUUACUACCAGGGCAGCGAUGAUACUCCUGGCCCCUUCUUGAAUACUGUAGGAGUCAACGCAAAACACUCACUUCAACAGGACUGCGAACACCAAAUCACGUUUGCGUCGAACAGUGAGGUUACCAAUGACACGAUAUCAAAACAUCGAGACGAAACAACGAAUCCCGAUGAUCAGGAACAUGCAAUACCGAUAGAACUGGCCGAACACUCGUGCCAGCGCAUUGAUAUCAGGCUUUAGUUCCAUGCUUGAAGAGAGGGACGCUUUUCCCAUUUUUCUUCGUGAUAUACUUGUUUUCGAUAUUCGUCCG